AUGCUGAAUGAAACCACCUCACCAUCAUCAUCACCAUCUCCUCAAUCCCCACCUUACUACGAACUCUCCUCUGAUACUGAACCAUCUGACCCUCAAUCCCCCACUCUGGCUCAGCUCCAAUCCCGUGCUCUGGCCUCUCAAAAGCCAUCACAUCCUGAACCUGAACCUGAAGUCACUUCCCCACCUCCGGAACAUCCAAAUCCAACCACAUCUGAACCACAACCAUCUGAACCAACCCACUCUAAACCACAACCAACUGAACCAACUCACUCUGAACCACAACCAUCUGAACCAACCCACUCUGAACCACAACCAUCUGAACCAACCCACUCUGACAUACCACCACCCAUCACCUCCGCUGACCUAACAACUCCCACACUUAAUCUAACCAGAGAAGCUGAGGAACGGGCAAGGAAGGAAGUUGAAGAGAAAGCGCGUCUAGAAGAACUUCAGAGAAUCAGAGAAGCUGAAGCAAAGGCUAUUGCUGAUGUUGAUGCUGCUAAGGCUGAGGCAAAAGCUAAAGCCGACGUUGAAGAAGCAGCUCGCAUUAUUGAAGAAACUGCUGCCAAAGCCGAAGCUGCUGAACUGACUCAGGGGGAGCACUCCAACUCUGGGUUCGUCCCUCUGGUCUUAAAGACUCUCGAAGAACUGCAGAAAGAACAAUAG